AUGACAAAGAAAGUAUUAUUUAUCUUAUCUUCACAUGAUAAACUCGGAAAUUCUGGUAAACCAACUGGCUGGUAUUUAUCGGAGGCAUCUCAUCCAUGGGAAUCAUUGAAGAAAGGUGGAUUUGAAAUUGAUAUCUGUAGUCCCAAGGGUGGAGAAGCACCUCUAGAUCCAACAUCCGAUGAUCGUGUUAAAGAUUUGGUUAACAAGGCAUUCAUGGAGGAUCACGACAUUGCCCGAAAGUUGAAGAACACUCUCAGACCGGAGCAAGUCAACCCAAAGGAUUAUAUGGCUAUUCACUUUGUUGGUGGUCACGGUUGUAUGUUUGACGUGGUCACCGACCAGAAGAUUCACGAGAUCGCCAUGAAGAUCUAUGAGGAGCAACACGGUGUUAUCAGUGCUGUCUGUCACGGACCGGCUGGCAUAACCAACUUGAAACUCAAAGACGGUAGCUAUUUCGUGAGAGGCAAGAAUCUCUGUGGUUUCUCCAAUGAAGAAGAGGAGAUUGUCAAGUUGACUCAGGUCGUUCCCUACUCAUUGGAAGAUCGUCUCAAAGAGAGAGGCGCCAACUACAAAUCGAAACCAGCUUGGUCAUCGCAUGUCAUCGUCGAUGGAAAUCUCAUCACCGGUCAAAACCCACAAUCUGCAAAAGAGCUAGGUGAGAAACUAACCACUCUAAUUCAACAAGUUGGUCAAUCAUGUACUGCAAAUCAAUAA